AUGCAUCGAUUUACAUUCUUCUCAAAAUUAUUACGUCAGGGAACAUUUACGGCGUCUUCAAAGGAAGAAGGUCUUGCAUCGCAUAAGCUUCUCCUUCAUGGUGGAAUUUUAUCCGUCAGCUCUCCAGGCACAUUCGUUUUGUCUCCGAUCGCUUUGCGCGUUGUCGAUAAACUCACCGCGUUUAUUGACUACAAAAUGUCUGAGGUUGGUGGACAAAAAUGUCUCUUUCCGACGCUUGGUAGGUCCCAACUGUGGGCCCAGUCGGGGCGAUGGGAGAAAUUUGGUGCUGACAUGUUUCGUCUGAAUGAUCGGACACAUGAAGAGGAAGCGUGUGAGUUCGUCCAUAGUUUUGAUUUGGGGAGUAGCGUUCUACCUUUGCGCAUAUACCAGAUCUCAGCAAAGUUUCGCGACGAAAUUAAACCAAAACUGGGUCUCCUUCGGUGUCGCGAGUUUCUGAUGAAAGACAUGUAUUCCUUUGAUGUGGAUGCUGAAGCUGCCAAGGAAACUUACGAUACUUUGUCAAACACUUAUUUAGAGAUUUUCCAUACACUCCGUCUGCCCAUUUUUAAAGUUACGGCCGAAGGAGGGCUCAUGGGCGAUUGUCCCUCUCAUGAGUUCCAUUGUCUUCUGCCUGUUGGCGAAGACACAUUGUCGGUUUGUCCAAGUUGCAAAAAAGCUGUCUUGGCUGCAAACUCAGGUAUCGCAACUUCGGGUGUUCUACAAGAUUCUCGAGUGUGUCCCGACUGUGGCUUGAGUUGUCAGGUGUCUAAAGUCCUGCAAAUGGGCUGUUACGGAAUUGGGAUAACACGUCUUUUGGCCACGGCAUUGGAAUACUUUACCACCACUAGCACAGAAGGAAACCCACCUACGGAGCUACGCUGGCCUUCGGGUUUUGCUCCGUACAGCGGAGCUAUUGCCCUGCAGAAGGAUAAUGCCAAGGAUGCGCUGUCGACGGACGAGCUGAAUGUAGUCCUCGCUCGCUUUAGAGAUUUCCCUUCACCAUCCACUAGUCUCACACCAGGUUCGACAUUUUUCGCGGGUCUUCUUCCGCGUGGUGAUAUUCUUGUGGACGAUCGGCCCCGGCUGAGUCUUGGUCGAAAGCUUCUUGAUCUUCGCAGACUUGGCGUACCUUGGAUCCUCGUUGCCAAGAGCCUCCAAAGUAGCCCCAGCCCAGAAUAUGAACUCGUGGAUGUCAAUCGAGGAGGAAUUUCUUUUGCUGCCAGUCUUGACGACGCUGCGACCGCUUUCACUUGCUCUGAUUUCGAAGUUCCACUUCUUAGCGUCAGUGAUGGCCAACGUAAGAAGCUCUGGCAUGGGAGUGGUGUAUCCAGAUAG